GGCUUAAUGAAUUACGCAUAAAAGAUCCCGAAUUUGCAGAUCAAAUCCAUGUCUUCAGUUCAUUUUUUUACAAGAAGUUAAAUAGGAAAAAUCUCGAGGAAGGCUACCAAAGUGUCAAGAAAUGGACCUCGAAGUUUGAUCUAUUUUCGAAGAAGUAUAUCAUCGUGCCCAUAAACGAACAUAUGCAUUGGUACCUUGCAAUCAUUUGUGACCCUGAACAUACAUUACUACCUCCACUUCCACCAACACCAUCCAAGGUCAUAUCCACAAGAAGAAGGACGCGGCAAAUUGAUGAUAUAGAAAAGCAUCCGCUGGACUCUACGCCUCCUCAAGGACCAGCAGACGAUGAUGUUCGCAUGGAAGACAUACCACGCUCACCAUCACGUGAUGCCCCAGAUGAGGAGAUGAAGGAAUUGGAUGUAUUCAAGGAUUCUUGUUCUAUUAGCUCGUUGACACCGGAUGGCAGCAAGCCAGUGUCCGUAUCAUCUUCAGACGGCGGUGAAAAACUUUUUACCGAAAGCUCUGACGUCGAUAUUCCCGACCUAAAUUAUCCUUCGCCUCAAUUGCGCUCCCGUUCCAUGGAAAUUGAUAUUGAUGUUCCCGAACACGACGUCAUCAGUUUGAGUUCGAAGAAGGAUUCUUCACUCUCAAUUAUAUCUGACUCAAGCACAUCAAGAGUCGAUGAACUAUCAGAGGCUACCACCCCUAAUUCUCGAGCUAUCUCUGCUAGUUCCUUUUACGGGUCCGCUUCGAACAGGAAAGGGAAGCGGAAAGCAAGCUAUGCUGAUGUGGUUGAAGUGAUUGAUGAGAGUGUUGACGAUCAGAGACAAGAGGAAGAAGUGGAUGAAAUGUUGACUGUCUCGACCACAAGUGAGAAGGAACCCCCUGUAACUUGCGUUUUCACCCUUGAUUCUCUUGGCUCGCGGCAUCCCCAAGCUUUGAAAACUCUGAAGCAAUAUCUUAAGAUGGAAGCUAAAGACAAGAAGAAUGCUGGAGAAUGUAGAGAGCCCUUUGGUAAAAAUGCCCUGGUCCCUAUGCAACCUAAUUAUUGCGAUUGUGGUGUAUAUCUUCUUCAUUUCGCGAUGACGUUUAUGAAGGAUCCUGAGCGACAUUGUCGUAAUGUUCGCGAGAAAAAGUCGUCUUCUGGUGUCGAGCGCAAAGUUGUGUGGGAGGAGAGUGAUGUAGGGUCAUUCCGGGAAAACCUUGCAUCGCGAAUUCAAGAGCUCUCAAAGGUUUGGAAGGCGGGGCGAGCCGCGAAAGAAGAGGGAAAAAACAAGGGAAGUGAACACAGGAAACCAUCGGCUGAUCAAGACAAAGCCGUUUCGUCUGAUAGUGAAGUCGACAUCGUGGAGGACAUCUCAGCGCCAGAAGUCGUAGCACCGCCAAAGCCCAAGCAGAAACCAGCCGCUCGAAUGCGUGGGUGAUGCAUGAAUUUGCUUUAGUAUUGUAUCUCCUUUCUUCCUUUCUCUUUGGUUCCCAGGCAUCGAUCAUCUUCAUACGCAUUAUCUUUCUUCGUCGCAGGGCUUGCUACAGCUAUGGCAUUCAGUAUAAUUGGUCACCAUACCCACCCUACAGUGCUCAUAAUUCUCAUGCAUUUAUUACUCUAGUUCCUAUUCCUCCCCCCAAGUCAUUAGAAUCACUUACAAUCAAUAUAUCAAGUUGCAUCUUCGAUGAAGAGUUUCUGAAAGCUCUCGG